AGGGCAGUUUUUUCAAAUUUGCAACGAAAAGGUUUAGAGAAGAGAUUUGAAAUACAGAAGUAUGUGACUAAACCUGAUAGGAGACAGCUUGCAGCCAUGCUAGGCCUAACUGAUGCCCAGGUAAAAGUGUGGUUUCAAAAUCGACGAAUGAAAUGGCGGCACCUAGAAGAG